AUGCUCCCGUCCACCUCCCCCAAGGCGCCGGCGACGCUGGACCGAGGACGCAGCUCGUCCGAGCUCGCGAAGCUGGACCCGUUCUCCCGGCGCAGCCCGUCGAUGCCACCGGCCGCGACCGAGUCGCCCGUGCGCCUGAACCGGCGGCCCGCGAGCUUCCAUGGCCAGGAGCUCGGCGAGUCGUCGGCGCCGUCGCCAGAUGCAAGCAGCAACAACGAGGACAUCUCGAUGCUCUUUGACAUGAUCUGCAACGACUACUUCACCGCACGGUAUGCGAGCAGCGAGAGCGGGAUCCAUAUCCUCGAGGCGUCGCUCGUCAAGCUCUGGAAGGUCAUCAUGCUGCCCGAGAAGACCGUGUCAGCCAAGAUGGCCGCGCGCAUUUCCAAGUUCUGCGAAGACAUGGCGAAAGAGUCAUUGACCAAGGAAGCUGAGGCCCGCGCCGCCGUCGCACGCCAAGCCUCCGACAUGGACGCCGACCUGCAAGUCGAAGGUCUCCUCCGCGACUGGAUCAAGCCCAAAUUGCUGGUGCUCGUCGAGGAGAUGCGCCUCGAGCGUGCACUGCGCGGUGCAUCCUCCAGCGGCCGGUCGGUGCCAGCGGGCGAAGAUGUCGCGUCGCUUGGCGAGAUCCGCAUCGAGGGCUACCUGCGCAAGAAGGGCCAGCACGUCAACCUCUGGCGCGAGCGGUACUUUAUGAUCCGAUCGGCGCCCAACGGGACGCAUAUCCUCUGCUACUUUCGGAAGAAGGGUGACCGCGAGCCCCGAGGCUGGUACGCCCUCGGGCCGGGCUGCACGGUUGAUGAAGUGCGCGAGUCACCGAGUCUCAUGGAGUCGAAGCGACUCUUUACCUUCCGCAUCCGGCACUACUCGAGCACGUACUCGGAAGAGUCGGAGGAGUACAACGAAGCCAUGCCCAUGACCCCGCUGGCGACGCCGGGCACCACGUCCGGUGACGGCUUUGACUUUGAUUUUGAUCCGAAAGCCAACAUCAAGAAGGCGCGAUUGAAGAAACUCGCCGCGGCCGCCACCGCUGCGACGGCAGUCGUUCUCACGGGUGGCCUCGCAGGCAUUGGCCUCGUCGGGGUGGGCGCUGCAGCAGUCUCGUCCGCGGCGCUCACGGCCAGCGCCAGCACGCUCCUCACCAAGAGCUCGGUCGCGCCCUUGUCGCUCGCGGCCGAGUCGCUUGAGACAGCGCUGUGGUGGCGCAGCAGCAUCCUCGAGUGCAUCGCGCAGGCCGAAGCCCAUUGGCGCCAAUACGUGCAUUGGUACCUCGCCCAAGACCGCGAUUUGGACGAAGCGACCGAGUCGCCGCCGACGUCGCCCUCCAAGACGCCCAAGACGACGUCGACCCGCGCGAUCAUUCUACCGCCCCCCAAGAUUGUGCGGCGUCCGUCGCUCGGGUCGCUUCCGCGCUCGAUGCUCAAGCAAUUUCGAUGGCUCCAAGACCUCGACCGCUGGAGCUUGUAUACGCAAAACUCCAACUUGCGCGUGUAUUCGCAUCCGGUGCCGUCGCCGGCAUGGCCGCCCAUGAAGGCCUCGCUGCACAUUCCCGCGAGCAGCCAGCGCGUUUUGGACAUGCUACUGCAGUCCGUUUACAAGUCCAACUGCCUCCUCAAGCGGUCGUAUGUGCUCGAAGCGAUCGACGCCCAUACCGACGUUGUGUACUGGAAGAUCAAUCCGCAAUCGCUGUGGCCGGUCGUGGUCGAGGCGCGCGACUACUGCCUCUUGCGCUACUGGCACCAAGAACCCGAUGGGUCCUACAUCAUUUGGUUCCACUCGGUGCAGCACAACGACUGCCCGCCGACGCACGACCUCCGCGUCGUGCGAGCCUCGAUGCUCGGCGCAGGCUUUGUGAUUGCACCGCCCCGGGGCACGGCCAACGGCUGCUACGUGUCGAUGAUCGCGCACACGAACCCCGAAGGGUGGCUUGACUCGCGCGUCGGCCUCUCGCUCCAAUACAUGCACGCGUACCAUGUCGAGCUGCUCAAUCUUCUCGUGGUGCUACGCACGGCCUUCCACGCGCACGAGUACGUCUCGAUGAAGCGCAAGUUUAGCGCGCCGGCGCCGUGCGAGCCGAUGCUGCCCGAGGACAACACACCGCUGCUCUCGCCCUUUGUGCACGCCUCGUCGCUCUCGUACGCACUCGCCGACAUGUACUGGGCCGAGCCCGAGGCCUGCAACUUUAGCGUGCGCGGCCCGCAAUACCCGAUCGACAAGGUCAAGCUCCCGUCCGAGGUGCAAGUGUUUCGGCUCGUGGGUGUCGAGGCGUACUCGUCGACGACCAAAAAGAUGCAUUCGUUUGGUCUCAAGAGCUUUCGCAGCGUCGCGCCGUCGCAGUUUUACUUUGUCGUCAACUUUAUGUUCCCGGGCCCGCCGUUCUACAGCCUCGUGCUCUACUUUACACCCGAAGACGACGCGUUCCUUGCACAAAAGGCGCCGUGGACCGAGCUCUUUGCCGAUUUUUUCGAUGGCGAUGACAGCUCGUUCCGCUCGAAUCGUCUCAAGCUCAUUCCGCGCGUCCUGGAAGGGAACUGGGCCGUGCGCGAAGGCGUUGGCAACACGCCAACAAUUCUUGGCAACAAGGUCACACAGCGCUACUCGCGCGGUUCCAACUUUUGUGAAAUCGACUAUGACAUUGCGAGCAGCACGGUCGCGUCGGGCCUCUGCCGGCUCCUCCUCAGCUACUCGCAGGACCUCGUCAUCGACCUCGGCUUUGUGUUGGAAGGCGUGACGAUGGAAGAGCUUCCCGAGCGCCUCCUCGCGUGCGUCCGCCUGCGCAACCUCGACUUGCCCCUCAUCGCGGUGCCGUACCCGUACUAAGACGCGUACACCAUUUGAUGCGACCACGCUCCCGACCAUAAACGCAAUGAACCCAAUAUAUAACCUUUGAACGUGU